UUGCACUUGUGAGGCAGGUGGCGGAACCACUGAGCUAAAUCCCUGGCCCCUUCAACACCAUUUUAACUGCAUAUUGUAAAACACACACACGCACAGGUCUAUGAAAUAAAAGGCAGCCUUUCUGCUUGAAGGCUCCCUCCACUUUUCCCCUCCUCCCUUUGUUCUUAUUCCCCUCCCCUCCUCCUCCUCCCUUCCAGUUCCAUAUUGAAAAACUGCUUCUGCUGGAUGGAUAAUUAACAUGGUACUAUGGAGCAACAGGUCCCACUGGUAGUGACUAAAUCUGAAGUAAAUGCUAAUGUUGUGCAGAUUCACAUGUAUUAAUAGGCAAGGGAGAUGAGUGAGGUUAGACACAGAUCAACCACACUUACGUGGGACUUGAAAUAGAUCCUUUUAAUUAGGGAGCCAAGAACCGUGACAAUUACCAAUAUCUUCCACUUGUAGUGGUGAGCUGCAGCCCUAUUAGUGAAUGAAAGAGACAUGCUAAAUUGAAAUUGGUCUCCAUCCUUUGACUGUAAGUUGGGAUCAUCUGGCUCUAGGCUUUGAAUCUUUGACAUAGAGAGGUCUGUCAGUGCAGGCAUUACAGUGAGCUGUGGAGUGUGUUUAUAGUUUUCUCCAUAUGACUCAAGAAAUAGACUAGUCUACAAGUAAACUCCUUUCUGAGAAGUAGAGAUAGCCCAAUUGGAUUUGUUUAUGGGAAUCAGGAUACGUUGCAGUCAUGCUGCUGAGGCUAGCUUUAGGAAGUUUUAGUUUUAAAAUUUUCUUAAUAUUCUGGGGAGGGCAGAGCGAGUGUGGUUGCACCAACACCAGUACUUAGCCACGGAGUAGCGUGUCUUUGGGCUAGAGAGCGGAACAUCUGGCUUCUGAGCUGGGACCUUCUCUGUGGUAACAAGGAAAGAACGAUGAGCAUCAGAUGUGGAAGCCACAGCAGAUUUAAAAAUGGGUGAUUUUUUUUUUUUUUGGUACCGGGGAUUGAACUCGGGACCUUGCGCUUGCAAGGCAGGCGCCGGAACCACUGAGCUAAAUCCUCAGCUAAAAAUGGGUGAUGUUGAGAAAGGCAAGAUUUUUGUACAGAAGUGUGCCCAGUGCCACACUGUGGAAAAGGGAGGCAAGCACAAGACUGGCCCAAAUCUCCAUGGUCUGUUUGGGCGGAAGACAGCCCAAGCUGUUGGAUUCUCUUACACAGAUGCCAACAAGAACAAAGGCAUCACCUGGGGAGAGGAUACAUUGAUGGAGUACUUGAGGAAUCCCAAGAAGUACAUCCCUGGAACAAAAAUGAUCUUCAGGGGCAUUAAGAAGGGAGAAAGAGCAGACUUAAUAGCUUACCUCAAAAAAGCUACUAAUGAGUAAUAGUCACUGCCUUAUUUAUUACAGAACAGAAAUGUCUCAUGGCUUUUUUAUGUGUACCAUAAUUUAAUAUCUC